UUAAAUUUGUGAGAGCCUUGUUAAGUGAUUUUUUUUUAAGCAUUUCUACAUACGUGUGCACGCACACUAGAGUGAGAAAGAACCUAAUUCUGACUGCGCGAACUAAAUGCUCAAAGUCCAUGUGCUGUGGCUUUUGCUCCAGUUUUCCCCGCAGCUCGGCAGUUUGGGUGCGGUGAUGCUAUCGUGGCAAUGGGACCGUGAUUCCUGUUAGGGUGCCGGCUCCCUGAGACUCCGCCGCCUGAGGCCGUCCCCACGGGGAUGACUGGGAGGGUGGGGGGGGCCCGAGGCGAUGUGCUGCAGGGGGUCUUUCGCAGGCAGCUUUGCCCAAAUCCCUGCGUGGCCGGCUCUGCGAGAGCUGUUCGAGGAGGAGUCGGAUUACAGCUGGAGAGAAAGAGCACGACAGAGACGGGAGGCACAGGAGUGGGGCAGGAGGAGGGCCAGAGAGGCAGGAGCCGAGCUCUCUGGAAGGAGAGAGAGGGACAGCUGCACAAGGAGGAGCGCGGGGCUGGGCUGCGCAGCGAAGAAAGAGAGCGCAUCUCGGGAGUCAGGUGGGGACCGGGUGCAGGGAGAGCACGGAGGAGUGGAGAGCCACUUGCGGAAAAGGAGUGGAGCAGACACACAACCUAAAGGGAAAGAGCAGAGGACAAUGGUCCUGCGACCCUCGGACCGGGUGGAUAACAGCUUGUGACACCUCGCAGGCUGUAGCCCCAAGCGUGGAAUGCAAUAUGUCUCCAGCAUGCGCUGAUGCGCCAAAGUUACCAGGGAGGAGAGAGAGUUCUUGAUGUGUGACCAGUGAAGAGCAGCAUGUUUUUCGGAAGCACAUGUCAGAGUGCCCUUCUGCCAGCACUGGUGCGCCCCGCAGUGGCCACUCUGCUGCCCUCCCCAGGAGUGAAGCAGUUCCUCCCAUUAGCCAUGGACCCUGCCAUGGCAGUGAACCUCCUUCCCAGCUUCAGCAUGGGCAUGGUGGAUCUCCCAGCGACAAAGCCAAGCCCUCCUCUCAGCGAAUGGAAGACCAGACAGGUUGUCAAACAGCUGCUUAUGGAACCAGUUCAAGGUGUAAAAAAUCACACAUUUGGAGUCACUUUGCCCCCAAAAAGAAAAAUUAUUGCUUCAUGCAGUUUAUGCCAACUGAGAUUUAAUUCUCAGACUCAAGCCUCAGCCCACUACAAUGGCACUAAACAUGCAAAGAAGCUGAAAGCCCUUGAGGCCCCCAAGUGCAAGUCAAGACAUGCUAUGGUUGCCAAGGCAACCAUGAACAUGACAAGGCCAAAGCGCCCCUGGCCCUCUCCGGGCUCCGUGAAUGCUGCCAGGACAGGUAAUGCAGAACGACCGGGGGCCCUUGCACCAUCGCCGCAGUGCAAAACUGGACCUAACCUAGCAGAGGGAGGAGAAGAGCGACCCACGUCCAUUCCUGAGCCCAGUGCGCCACAGCCUGAGGAGGAGACGGAGGAGGAGAAAGCCAGACGUCUGCUCUACUGCUCCCUCUGCAAGGUGGCUGUCAACUCUCCCUCCCAGCUGGAGGCGCACAACUGUGGUACCAAGCACAAGACGAUGCUGGAAGCCAGGAGUGGCGGUGGAACCAUUAAGUCCUUCCCCAGGCCGGGGGUCAAAGUCAAGGCUUCCGCAUCCACCAAGACAGCCACAGGCCUGCAGAACAAGGUGUUCCACUGUGAGACGUGUGAUGUACUUGUCAACUCAGAGACACAGCUCAAACAGCACAUCAGCAGUAGGCGACAUAAAGACAGGGCAGCAGGGAAACCUCCGAAAGCAAAAUACAGUCCCUACAGCAAAGCUCCAAAAGGACAGACUGUGCACCCAGAGAAGUCAGGGCUGAAGAAGGAGCUGGCUCAGCCUUUGGGAGCCUGUCUACUGUCCAGUCAUCUGGCUGCCGUGGCAGCCACUGGGGCAGCGACGCCGUCCCCGUUCCCCCUGCGGCCCGGCCCUGCCGCUCUCUUUCACACGCAGCCACUACCCCCAGCGGCCCUGCUGCGCACAAGCGCCGGGCCGAUCCGACCCGCACCUUCACCCGUGCUCUUCGCUCCCUAUUGACUCAGGGGUCACAGUCACCUGGCCUUGCCUCAGUCCCUGGGUGUGUACUGUAGGAACUGUUUUCAUCGUUACCCCCCAUGCUGUUGGCCCCACCGCCGACCCAUGCCGGACCUUCAGAACUGCGCUGCUUUCUCUUGCUGUCUCAUCACAUUUGGGGCUUGGCCAUUUACUCCUGUGCUCGUGUGUUGUGGUGUACCACAGCAAGUUAAAACACAAGACCUGGGAACUAUGCAGUGUUUUUUUCUUUUGUUUGUUUGCUGAGUAAAUCUCUAAGGAGGGGGUUUAGCUUAGGUUGUAAAUGUUUAUGAGGAACAUUUUUUAUUGACAUUAUGUCGAACCCAGACAGCUUGCUAUUAAAUUAUUAAAACAGUAAUGCCAUCAGUAAAAGAUCUAAAGGUUAUAGGUUCAAGGAACGUUAAUGUUGUUUGCACCUCAUAUCCCCCGUAUAAUUUAAUAAGUGCU